ACUAUCUUGGUUACCUUACACGAUUACCCUCAACCCCCCAAAUUACAGAAACCCUAAAUAGGAUUUCAAGUUCCAACGACGCCCAAAAAUGGACUUUUCAUGGCGCCGGCGGUACCGCCGCUACGGACGGACGAAUGCGGUGGACGACAGGAUCGUCCGUGCGGUUGAGCACGACCUCCAUCUCCUCCACCGCUCGGAAUCCAACUUCUCCAUCUUAGGCGCUACGGGGAAUGUAUACACUGUGCGCCUAUCCACUACGCCUUCGUGCACGUGCCCUGAUUUGAUCAGACCUUGUAAGCACAUACUGUUUGUGCUGAUCCGAGUCCUUGGGGUCUAUGCCGAGGACGAGUCUAUUCGGGGAACGACGUUACGGCAGUCCCUGGUCAGUUGCCUACUUGGCACGCCUACGCUGCCGGAGGCAUUAGCACGGAAGGAUGUUCGGAAGACUUUUCAUGCAUUGAGUUCUGAAGCGAAAAAUAAAAAGCGGCCAAGGUCUGAAGCGGAGGUGGAGAUUCCUGAAGGGACGGUUUGUCCGGUUUGUUUGGAUGAGAUGGAAAAAGGAGAUAAAGCAGUGGCUUGUGAGAAGUGUAAGAAUUUGCUUCAUGAGGAGUGUUUCUCGAAGUGGAAGAGGAGUAGAGGAAGCAACGCCGUCACUUGUGUCAUAUGCCGUGCUCGGUGGACGUCGGAGGAGGAUAAGUAUGUGUAUUUGGACGCCUAUGUUCGCGAGGAAAGCGGCGAUGAAGAUAGCGAGGAUAGCAUGUUUGGUGACGACGACGAUGGCUACAGCGACAGCGACAGCGACGAUGAAAGACGUGGCAAGUAGUUAGAUUUUAUUUUCUUUUUGUAAAUAUAAUGUCCAUGUUAGCCCUAGCAUCUUUGGAUUCGGAUUUUGAUUUUGGAGUUGGCUGUAUUGUCAUCAACAAACAAAAAAAUCGUUGCUUGGUUGCUUGGUU